GUUGAGCACUUUUAAAAGGCAAAAGUCUAAAAAAAACCUUGAUUUUGUUCUCCAAGUCUGAAUCAAACCCUGAAUUGAGAAUCCCUGGAAUUGUCACCUUGUCUUUGUUAAUCCCGGUUUAUCCCAGCCCAUUAGUGCUAAUAGAUGGUUUGGGCGUCGGGAUUGCUGGCGUGGCUGGGAUUAGGGGUUAAUUGGACGCCAUGAUGGACGGACUAUGGGCCCUACUGUCCUCAUAAACCCCACCACGAACCUGCUCCUUCCCCUGUUUCUCUCCCUGGACGUCACCCGUUCCUUCCCCAGCUUGCAGCGGCAAUGGCGUACAUGCAUUGAUUGAUCACGGGGACGGCAAGACGAUCACGGCGGCUGGAAAAAUCUCUGGUUCCUCAUGUCAUCAUGGAUCCUUGCGACAAACUACAUGUGCGGUUUCAUUUUGGUGGCCAAUUUGUUCGAAUUGGGCCUACUUUAGACUAUGUUGGUGGAGAUGAAGCAAGUUCAGAGAUUGAAAGGGAUAGAUUGUCUUUGCCAGAGAUCAAAGGCUUUCUUGGUGAUCACAUACCAGUGAAAGAAAGUAUGAAGAUUCACUUCCUGAUGCCUGGUAAAAAACUAGUGGAUGGCCUAUUAUUUUUGUGUGAUGAUGCUGGUUGUAUGAAGAUGUCUGAAUAUAUAACUGAUGGAGGAGUGGCUGAGGUCUAUGUGGAGUAUUUUGGGGAGCAAGAUGAUCAGAGUGCAAGUGACAGUGGUAGUGAUUUUGAAAAUGAGAUGGACAAUGAUUUAGAAGGAGAGACUGAUGUAGAACCAGAUGCAGUCAUAACUGCAGAUGAUGAUGUGCAAAUAAUUAGUGUGGAUCCAUCAUCAUUGACCGCAAUAGAAAAUGUGCUCGAACCAAAUGAGAGUGCUGUUAUUACCCAGGUGAUUAGCAGCCCUACAAAUCACAAUUUCUGUAGGAAACAGAGGACUGAAAGUUCACAAGUUCAGAUAUCGAGUUCCCAAUUUCAGAUACAAAGUUCUCAGGUUCAGAUAUAUAGCUCUCAGGUCAUUAAUCCAGUAAUAGAUAGUGGUAAUGCAGCAGCUCAACAAACACAAGAACAUGACAAUGAUGACAAUGGCUCUGCAGUUUCAGACAGUGAGGAGGAUGAUAGUGAUUAUGUGGCAGGAAGUGAUGACAGUGGACUGGAAGAGGAAUAUGUGGAACUAAGGGAACAAGCAAAGGCUUUUAAGAAGAGAAUUAGAGACUCAAAGAGAUGGGCUCAGAGAAAUCCAUCUGGUGUUGUUCCAAUAGAUCUAGUGGCAAAUGUGGAAGAAGUGGUAGGAGAAGACCACUUUGACUCAGAUGAUGAAGAUUACUCAUAUGAUGAGGAAAGUGAUCAUGAAGGAGAAUUUGUUAGGAGGAAAACUAAGUUCCCUAGGUACAACCCUAAGGUAGAUAUUCCACUAUUCUGCUUGGGAAUGGUUUUCAGGAGCAAGGAACAGAUGAGGAAGGCACUAAUAAAAUAUGGACUUCUGACAUUUAGAAGUAUAAACUUCAUGAAGUCAGAAGAAGGGAGGAUCAGGGCUAAGUGUGGAUGGCCUGGAUGUCCGUGGACUAUAUAUGGUGCUUAUAGUAGCAGGUGUUCUAGAUUUCAGGUGAUCACAUAUGAAGAUCAACAUGAGUGUGCACCUAACAGAGACAAUCACCUUGUCACAGCAAAAGUUAUUGCUAGGAGAUAUGAGCACAUCUUCAGAGCCAAUCCGACAUGGAAAAUUGAUAGCAUUAAAGCCACGGUUCUGAAAGAUUUCUUUGCGGAUGUUUCAACAUCAAAGUGCAAGGCUGCUAAGAAGAUAGUGUCAGAGAAGCUACUUGCCGGACUGAAAGAUGAGUACACCAAGGUGUUCGACUACCAGCUUGAACUACUUAGGAGCAAUCCUGGGAGCACAAUCCUUGUUGGCUUGAACCCUGAGUACAUGGAUCAAAAUAUUUUCCAAAGCUUCUAUGUAUGCUUCAAUGCUAUGAAAAAGGGUUUUAAAGCUUGCAGAAGAGUUAUUGGGCUUGAUGGCUGUUUUUUCAAAGGAGCAUGUCAAGGUGAGCUUCUAUGUGCUAUUGGUAGAGAUGCUAAUAAUCAAAUGUAUCCAGUAGCUUGGGCAGUAGUGGAGAAAGAAACUAGUGAAUCUUGGGAGUGGUUUGUUGGCCUUUUGAUAAAGGACUUGGAUAUUAAUGAUCAAGGUGAAGGAUGGGUGUUCAUAUCAGAUCAACAGAAGGGCCUUAUCAAUGCAAUGCGAAACUACGUACCAAAGGCACAACAUGGAAUGUGUGUUAGACACAUCUAUGCUAACUGGAAAAAAAAGUUUAGAGAGCAUGCUCUGCAAAAGAAAUUUUGGGCAAUUGCCAAGGCUGCAAAUAGAGAAGAUUUCAUGUAUAGGAAGGCCAAGUUAGCUCAAGAUACACCUGAAGGUGCAAGGGACAUAAUGAGGACAGAGCCUAAGCAUUGGGCAAGAGCAUUUUUUCCUGUUGGGUCCCUUUGUGACUCAGUUGAUAACAAUCUAUGUGAGUCCUUUAACAAUGCUAUAGUUGAGGCCAGAUUCUAUCCUAUCAUCUCUAUGCUAGAGAAGAUUAGACACAAGAUGACACUUAGAGUCCAAGAAAAUAGGAGCAAAAGUGAAAAGUGGACAUCUAGUGAUAUAUGCCCAAACAUUUUCAAGAAGCUUAAGGUGGCCAUCAAAAUGACUCAGUUCUAUGAUGUGCUCUGGAAUGGCAAGGAAGGGUUUGAGGUGAAACAUGUCAGUGGCAGAGGAAGGAGCUAUACAGUGAACUUGGACAAAUGGACUUGCUCUUGUGGUUACUUUCAGCUAGCAGGGAUGCCUUGUUGCCAUGCCAUCAGUGCCAUAUACAAGAGUGGAAGAAACAUAGCUGACUUCAUUCACAAAUGCUAUUCAGUUGAGCAAUUUAAGAAGAUAUAUGAGCACUGCUUGGAGCCAGUAGAAGGACAAGAGAGAUGGCCUAUCUCUGACAAACCUAGACCACAAGCACCUGGGUAUGUGAGUAUGCCAGGUAGGCCUAGGAAUAAUGACAGGAAGAGGGAAGAGGGAGAAGCACCAAAAGGAAAGAAAAUGUCAAAGCAUGGCACUAAAAUUACUUGCAGCAUGUGUGGCCACAAGGGGCACAACAAGACAGGUUGCCACAAGAAUCCUGAAAAGGGGAAGAAGAAGAAUGCCUUCCUGAAGAAAACAGGCAGGAAAAUGAAGUCAUCUGAGCAAGCAAACACUGAUGCUCAAAUCAGAUCAAGCCAGCAAGCUAAAAGCAUAGGAGAAGUUCAAGCACAAGCGGGAUCAAAUGGUGGGAAGAGGAAGGCUACCAAAAAACAGAAUGUGCAAUCCAAGAAAAAAAUCAAAGAUGUGAUAUGAUGGAGUAGUGAUUUUCUGUUAGCAUAUUACUGAAUUGCUAUGUCCUUUUGUUCCUUAUGUCACUCUGGUCAUAUAGUACCUAUUGUGUGAUGAACUUAUGCAAAAAUACGGAACUAAACUGCUGUACUAGUGAUUUUCUCACUCUGGACUAGUGAUUUUACUAGAUAUGUCACUCUGGUUAUGUCCUUUUGCUGGUUAUGUCACUCUGUUAGCAUAUUAAUAAAUUACUUGUUAUUUUGGUUUACUCAAACUGUGUUUGUGUAAGCUGAAAUGUCA